CUCCCCUCAGCACCGCGCUCGGCCGCCAUGGCCUCGCCGCCGUCCCCGCCGUCCCUCCGGCGGGCCGCCGCGCUGCUGCUGGCGGCCGCCUUGCUGCUGCUGCUGACGGCCCCGGCGGGGUUGAGCGCCGCUCCGGAGGAAGAGCCCGGAAAGAAGAAGGAGGCGCCGCCAGCGCCGGCGGCGCAGGGAGCGGAACCGCGGGCUGAGAAGGGGUCCUCGCCGGUUGUUCCAGUUCACAUUGUCAACGAAGAAUCAGCUGACAAGACUAAUUUGGGCUUUAUUCAUGCCUUUGUGGCUGCCAUAUCGGUCAUCAUCGUCUCGGAGCUGGGGGAUAAGACCUUCUUCAUUGCAGCCAUCAUGGCGAUGCGGUACAACCGUCUGACUGUGCUGGCUGGUGCUAUGCUUGCCUUGGGACUGAUGACGUGUUUGUCAGUUUUGUUUGGCUAUGCCACCACAGUUAUUCCUCGUGUUUACACAUACUAUGUGUCAACGGCAUUGUUUGCAAUUUUUGGCAUCCGAAUGCUUCGGGAAGGCUUGAAAAUGAGUCCAGAUGAGGGUCAGGAAGAGCUGGAGGAAGUUCAAGCAGAAAUUAAAAAAAAAGAUGAGGAACUCCAGAGAACCAAACUGUUAAAUGGGCCAGGAGACGUGGAGUCAGGGCCAGGCACCACCAUACCUCAGAAGAAGUGGCUCCAUUUUAUUUCUCCAAUCUUUGUUCAAGCUUUCACUUUAACGUUUUUAGCAGAAUGGGGUGAUCGUUCCCAAUUAACAACCAUAGUCCUGGCCGCCAGAGAGGACCCCUACGGCGUGGCGGUGGGAGGAACAGUGGGGCACUGCCUCUGCACUGGGUUAGCAGUUAUCGGAGGCAGAAUGAUAGCACAAAAAAUUUCAGUUAGAACUGUGACAAUCAUAGGAGGCAUCGUCUUCUUAGCAUUUGCAUUUUCUGCACUAUUUAUAAGUCCAGACUCUGGUUUUUAAAAAUUUUUUCGUCACUGCGGAAGAGCAAGGAUUGAAAGCAGCGAGCAGCUGUCCUUGUGCAUCUUUGUAUAUAAUGUACAGAAUUACAGUUAAACGAGCACUGAAGAUGAGACACUGAACUUUUUAUAGCGAGUGAUUGAUGGGACCGAGGCGUUUGGGGAUGGCUUCUGCCGUGGAGACCUGCUUGGUGUCUGCUUUGUUCACUCUCUGGUGCCUGCUCCCUUGGUGGCAUCUGCCUGGUUCUCUUGCUCGCCGGACCCGGCUCAGCUGAGUUCUGAGGAUCUUCCUCUUUUCUCCCUCUGUUACACGUGGCCACCUUUCCUCUUUCUUCAAGAGUUGACUCUUCAGGCUUCUCCAAGCAGACGCUGGCUUGUUCCUCAACAGACGGCGUUCAGGAGAGAACCCCUGGCUCCCCCCUCCAAGGACAUCGGUUCAAGGUGCGCCCGAGGCUGGAUAACUGAAGCAACAAGAAACCUGGGAGCAGUUCCUAUG